GCUUCUGCCCACCCGUCCCGGGAUGACUCGUGGGCACUAAUGCAGCUGUCAGAGCUGUGUACUGACUAGUAGAGCGAGAGGAGGAGGAGAGCUGUGGUCAUGGACUCUGGAUUAUGGACUCUGGAGCUGCUGGGUGUGUUUUUCUCGCUGACCGCUGGCUUGUGUUCUCUGGUUACCCUCAUGUUGCCGCGUUGGCUCACACUCUCCACCGAGCUUCUGCCCACUGAGAGCUUCCAGCUGGGACUGUGGGAAACCUGUGUGGUUCAGGAUCUCGGAGUGACUGAGUGCCGGCCAUAUGAUAGUCUGCUGGGUCUCCCGUCGGACAUCCGUCUGGCCCGAAUCCUGAUGUGCACCACGCUGGUGACUGGUUUAAUCAGUCUGUUAUUUGCCAUCCCGGGCAUCUACCUGGUGAACAGCUGCAGACGCACAGAGAACUUUGAAGCCAAAAGGACCUUGAAGAUGCUUGGGGGGAUCUUCAGCGUCGUCACGGGCAUCAUUGGUCUUGUGCCCGUCUCGUAUGUGGCACAUCUGACAGUCCUACGGUUCUUCGAUGAGAGCGUGCCGAACGUGGUUCCUCGCUGGGAGUUCGGAGAUGCGCUUUUCUUUGGCUGGACGGCAGGGGGGUUGCAUUUGGUGGCUGGUUUCUUGCUGGUUACUUCAUGCUUGGUUUUGCAAGACGAAACAUGUUCGCUUCACCAAUCUAUAGCGCUAAACAGAACUCGUCCAGAACAAUCUCCACGCAGGAGGACAGAAUAUGUGUGAGAUUAUUGAUAUGCACAGUUUUGCUUCUACUAAUGUUUUGCGUUUUGCACUGAAAUGAUCAGAUAUAUUCGAAGACUGUACAUAUAAUGCUGCUGUUUAGACUUAAUUUUGAUUAUAAAUCAUUUUCGUGAAUCAUUUUAUAAGCUCAAACCCAAAUCUGCACGUGAAUGUGAUUCUAAUGAAAACACACACUACUAAUUGUGAAAAUUAUGCAAACUUUCCGAGAAAGUGCAACUUAGACUUUUAUGACUACAAAGUCAUAUAUGAGAGACAAUAUUAUGCUAAUUAUCCAAAUGUUACUGGAAAACCAGAUGCAAGUGUGUUUUUAUAUUUAAACAAAGAGUGGUUGAAUGAGAGAAAUAUGUUAUUAUUUUACCUUGCGUUCUCUGAAGUGUCAAAGUACCAAAGUUGAUGAUCAAUUAAUAAAUCAGCUGAAUGUUC